AUCCCUCCUCGAAAGUAACCUGGUAUCUGUGGCUGCUGAUUUUGAGCAAAUUUUUCCGCUGCAUAGGGGUGUUCGUGGCAUAUGAUGCUGUCCGGUCCAUUCAUGUAGUGUACUUCUUGCUCCUGGUUACUUUACUGUGCUGACCAAGCAGGCAGGGAUGGUCCUAAUUGUCUUGGCCUACAUGAGGUGUUCCAACCAAAGAUGCAGUUUGAGCAGACUCUAAGGGCAAAGAAAAGUUUGAGUAAUUAGAUAGGAAAAGUGGAAAGGAUACAGUUGUUUUGAAAAGAGGUACACAUCUUGCCGGCAGAAUGUCAGUUCGUGAGGGAACUCGAAGGAAGAAGAUAUCAGUUCUUCACAUGCUAGGAACAUGGGAGGGCAAAAUUGAAGGCUGCAAUUGCCCGUCUUGCAAGGAAUGGGAUGCCAGAGAAAAGACUCAAGGUGCAGUCCAUAAAAGCCCAACUAAAGCCACAAAAAAUACCAAACCCAUUGCAAAGAAAGUAAGCAUUAAAGUGAAAACGACUAAAGUAAUGGUGGAGAAGGAAGAUCCUGCAUUGCAUGAGAAAAAGGUUAUUCCAAAGCAGCAAGCAUAUUUGAAGAAUGUGUCUUCAGUAAAGGGAGUGAAAGUAGAACCGGGGCUAACCAAACUUCCUUUGAAUAGUAGAAAUAGUGAAUGUAGCUUUACUAGUGAAGUGAUGGAUUCAAAAAUUGAUGGAGACAAAUAUAUGAAAGGUAUUUCUGUUGAUAACAUGCAGUGUGAAAAGAAAAGUGUAGACCUUUUAGCUGGAGUGUGUAACAGUGUGAGCUCAGAAGGAGUGGACAUGUUUAUGGACAGAAUUGAAAAAGUUGGUGAAAGCUGUAACUCCCAGUCAAUAGAGGAUACAAGUUGUAAUGGCAAGACAGUUAGUCAAGGUGCUUUAGAGGCAGUAACAGAGCCCCUUAAUAGACAGGACAAGAACCUGAAGCGUGGCUAUGAUGAUGAUGGAGGAGGGCAGAAAGUUGGAGACAGGCAGAAACUAAUUCGUGAGGAAACAAUACUUGUUGAUCCACAGCAAAUAAAACAGGAACCAGAAGAAUACUUCUCAGAUGAAGAGGAUUUAGGUAGAUAUGGACGGCAGUGUGCUGAUCCCAUCAAGAGUGAAUCGCGGAUGAGUAAGAGGGCAAGAAUGGUUACGUCUGAGAUUGAAAAUAUAUAUGCCAAGCCUCGUAUGGUCUUCACUGGCAGGGGUGUGGUAAGAAAAUUUGAGCCGGGGAUAGAUAAAACCCCAAAGUCAAGAAGAGGAAGGAAACCAAAUAAGAUUAUCCCUGUAAAGGUGAAGCAGGAACCAAAAGAUCAUAUUGACACAGGUGAAGAAGAAGAAAGAUCUGAAUUAGAUCAAUUACAGAGAGCCUUGUCUGAGGCCGCUGCAGGUAUUAGCGAUGUGGGAGAUUUUGCGGAAGAUCUCCAUGACUUUGGUGAUGCUAAAGAAAGUAAGCAGAAGAGAAAGGCCCCCAAAAUAUUCAAGAGAGUUGAAAGUGAUGGUGAUAAGUAUGUGGAAUGUAGCAUGUGUUUCAAAAUGUUGAAAGAAUCUUCUAUGAAACAGCAUUACAAGACUCAUACUGGUGAGAAACCACAUACAUGUGAUGAAUGUGAUGCAAGAUUCACACGCAAGGGGGAUGUUGAGAGACAUAAAAGGCUAGUUCACAAAAAUCAAAAACCAUUUAAGUGCAGAAAAUGCAGUAGGGAGUUUUCUGAUAGAAAAAAUUUGAAGUCUCACUUGCAAAACCAUGACAAAGCUAUUUAUUUUGCUUGCGAUACAUGUGGUUUUAAGUUUGGCAAGAGAGAAUACUAUGAGAAUCACAUUAGAUACAUUCACCCUCUUCCUAAUGGGCAGAUACCAGUGUUCUCUGAAGGGGAGGAAGAUUUAGCAUCAAAGCAGUUGAAAGAACUUGAGAUGGAAGAAAACAAAGAGAAAGAGAGGGAGAGAGAGAGAGUUUCUCUCAGUGAGAAUCUACAUUUAGACAACAUUGAUGAGGAGGAGGAGGAUGAAGAUGAAGAAGAUGAAGAGGACAAAGCAAUGGAAAUAACAGUUACAGAAGGGGAAGAGCAAAAUGCUACUUCAAAUAGAAAAAUAAACAUAAAGAAGGAAGAGAUCACAGAUAACGAGGAAAAUGUAAGUACAAGGAGAGAAGACGAUGACUUUGGAAGCCCUUACCCACCAAUAGAGUCGACCAAAAAUUGUAAAAAAGAGAUAUCAGUUGACUCAACAGGAUCAUUAAGAGGUCCUCAAGUGGGAACUGAUGUAAGAGUAUCUAAAGGAACACUUAGCUUUACCCAAACAGUUCCGGACACUGAUACUCAGGAUGAGGAGCUUGUAAACAAAGUUAUUGCUGCAGCAGUUAGUCAGGCAGCAAACACAAUUGAGAGCCUCCAGACAGCAGCUGGAGCAAAUUUGUCUGGGAAUGAAAUUAAUGACUUUGAUGAUGACGAUGAUGAUGAGGAAGAUGAUGAUGAGGAGGAGGAGGAGGAGGAAGAGGAAGAAGAGUUAAUGGAAGAAACGGAUGCUAUACAGGAAAUUCUAGACUCCCCAAAUUUUGACUUAGUGCCUAUGCCACAGGUACAAAAACCAGCUGAUCAGCAAACUGAAAUUCACAUCAAUGCCUCUGUUGGUGGACAAAAGAAAAAGUUCAUUAUCCAAGUUCCUCCAGGGAGCAACUUUAAUGUACAAACACCAGAUGGCAUGGAAAUGAUCGUGACAAUGGUGAACCAGUUAUGCCCUGGUAAGGGGGAGUUAGACGGGCCUGUGGAAGUGGUGAUGCACAACACAAACCUGCGGACAGUUGGUUUAGAGUGAUCUUGAAGUAAUGUCGAAUUGUGCAAGAUGAUAUUUUGUUUAUUUAUGUGUAUAAUUAUAUAUACCUUGAGAAGUUGAGAGGUAUUGUGAAUAUUGUGUUAUACAAGACGUAAAGAAAGAUGUAUAAUAAAGGAAUUACCUGGGCAAGAUUGAAGUUUCUUUGAUCUACAAAAUAAAAUGUAUAUUUAGUACUCAAAUGUUUCUUAUAGGAACUUGUUUUGCCAAGUGGUAUAAAUAGAUCUUGAAAGUUGUUUGUAAAUAUGGCUUUAAAUACAUGUAUGAUCCCAUGCAUAUGUUUCAUGUUAAAAAUAAAUGUUAAUUUCUGUAAAAAAAA